ACACUGACCUGCCAUCUAGUGGUCAGGAGAUUAAAUUACACCCUGUUCCUCCAUAGUAACGAUAGGUGGCAACACCCCCGGUCUCUAGCUACAUCCCUGCGACAAGCGAAGAAGAAGUCGAGCGCGGGUGGUUUGACUGUUUUGCUAACUGCUUCAAAACAUUUAGCGGGCUAAGUUACACCGGAGGACAACUACACAGGAUUUGUACUGUCCAGUAGUUUUUCUUUCAGUGACAGAUUUGGAUCCUUGUUCCCCUGGUGCUGGAUUCACUGUAAUCAUGGAGUCCACAGAGAGCAGAUUUGCUCACCUGCUGCAGCCGAUCCGAGAACUCACCAAGAAUUGGGAGAUCGAUGUGGCCUCUGAGUUAAAUGACUAUUUGGAGGAGCUGGAAGACAUGUGCAUCAUGUUUGAUGGAGGGAAGACAAGAUUAAACUUUGCAGAGGCUGCACUGUUGAUCCAAGGCUCAACCUGCAUUUACAGCAAAAAGGUGGAACUUUUGCACAGCUUGGUCUACCAAACUCUGGAGUAUAUCAAUGACAAAAAUAAGAAGAAAAACAAAGAGGCAGCGGCGUCUCAGGAGGACAAUGCAAAUGGGUCUAUGUCCUGCCACGAUGAUUCUGAUGAAGCUGAGUUCACACCUUUGACUAUUAGUGCCUCAACCAACUCAGGGAAGGCUGACUCUGUCACAAGUGUGAGCGUGAUUCCUCUUCCUCCUGAAUCUCUGAUUCCUCCUGAAACCCACGAGAAGCACAAACUGCCUCUCAUCAGUCCGAAAGGUGAGAUCGUGUGCAGCCAGAAGGACUUCAGGAUAAACCUCUUCAUCCCAGGAGACAAUGACAUGAUUGUCCUCAGAUCGCGUAGGUCCACAUCUCUGGAGGAUGAUCACCAUUCUCCCUUCCUUCUAUUUGGCCAACAGGAACAUGGAGGGCCAGAUGUCGCUGCCCCAGGAGAUGUCGGUGUGGACAUGGCAGAUGUAGGUGAUGCUGCAGAUGAUAACUUCCUCCCUAUUGAUGAUAAAGGUGUGGAGAUGGAGGAUGAGCCAGAGGAACACGUGAACAGACACCAGGCUCCGACUGAAGGAAGGGUGAUUCGAGAAAGACGACAGGUGGACACUGUCAAACUGCAGACAGAGAAGGAGAGGCCUCCUGCUGUGAAUGUGUGGGCUAUGCAUGACUCGUACGCUGUACUGGAGGAAGACAAGCCCUUUAAAUCAGGAAAGUGCUACAAAGUUCCUGAAGGUUUGGACGAUGGAGGAAAAAGGAAAAGAAAACGUUCUCCUUUACUUCCAGACUUCAGUAGCUGGUUCAGAGGAAUCUUUGAUCCUCCUGAGCACAAGUUAAAAAGUGGACCUACGUAUACAGACCUGAACUACAUUUAUUUAAACACACUGAAAGAUAAAGUGAAGACUCGGAAGAGGAUCUACAGGAAGGCGGGUGUGGUGGUUUCAGAUGAGGAACUGAGACGAACCUUCCUCCAGCCACAGGAGGCGGAGCCACUGCAACAGGGGGAGGAGCCAGUGGAUGGAUUCAUGGGUGCUGAAGAAGACAACUCUGACAAUGAACAGGAUGAUCUUCCAGCUGAGUUUGGUGGUGGACCAGACUUCAUGUCACCAGAGGCUCAGAAAGAUGAAAUGAGUUAUGAAGACCUUGUGAAGCUACGUGUGGAGCAACUGGUGGUGAACUCUCAGGGUUACACUCAGGAGACGGCACUAUCUCGAAGAGUCAAACAGUGGCAGGAAAAGAUCUGUCCUGAACUGGCCCUGCAGGAGGAGCGUCCGCCGUUUGAUAUCCAUGACUACGGUGACCGGAUCGUCACACGACUGAACACUGUUGGACAACGCAGGCUCUUUGCAUCCCUGGUCUCAGGAAUGGACAACUUUGAGGCUUGCAAGUACCUGCUGGCCGCCCUGCAGCUGGCCAAUGACUACACGGUGGAGAUUGACAGCUUGCACGGUCUAGAAGAGAGUGUGGACUCCAUGGGACUGACACUGCUCAGCGUUCACAGAGCCACAGAAAGGUUCAAAACACUUCAACCUUCGAGCUGAAAUAAUGCAAGAUCACAAACUUGUCACAUCAUUGAACACAUAAACAGGUUUAACAUCUGAGGACACCAUUUUAGAUUGAGGCAAUAAAGAGGGAUUUUCACUGCAGAUCAGAUCAUUCAGCUAUUCGCCAGUUUUAUAUGUAUUUAUUCUCAUUUAUAUUAAACAUCCUGCAAAGAAAGAACAUUUCCAAUCUGUGUUUGUAUCUCUUAUCGGAAUGACUUGGCCUGUGCAGAAUUGCUUUCUCUGAUGGGUUAAAAAUUGUAAAUGUCCUCUUAGCUCCUGUCUUAUGAUAAAAGAACAGUCGGAGUUAUGGUGGAGUGUUUUGUUCUAUGAGUCAUUAAUAAUGGUAAUAAAACAAGUUUUUGUUGAAUUUGUGCUUUGAACAAAUAAUGGGUGAGUCAUUAGUUCAUAUGACAACUAUGAAAUCUUCAGUUCUGUUUAAUAUUAGAAUCCUCACCAUCGGUGUUUGCAGAGAACUUUUCACAACUGAAGUUAUGAAGUGUGUCAGAACCAUCAAAUUGAUAUCAAAAUAAAUGUACAAUUUCAAAUGUU